AUUGGCGGUGAUUGGCGCUACGCUCUGGCAGACACGAGGAGCGAUGAGGAACGAAUGAAUUUCAUCAUUCGUUUCGUUUUGUUAAGUCUUGCGCUCGCGAAUCUAAGGAAACCAUGGCAUCGAUUGCCUUACCCUCGAUGUUGAAAAUUAGUCGAAUCACGGUUGAAAAUGUAUAUCAGAAUGUGUACCAAAUUCGUAAGAAUGUGGCUUUAAGACAUUCCUACUUGAAUCCUGCCAUUUAUUGGCAACAACGAGGAUACGGUCAAGCAACGGAGCAGACGAGAGUAGAGAGCGGAGAGGCCCAGACUAUUGUCCCAGAUCUUAAAGAAAAUGAAAAGAAACUUAAGGCAGAGCUUGAACUGCUUAACAAGGACCUUGCUCAACUAAAAGAGCAAAAUGCGGAAAUUGAUGAUAAGUAUAAAAGGGCAUUGGCGGAUAGUGAAAAUCUUAGGGUCAGAUUGAGUAAACAGAUAGAAGAUGCAAAGAUUUUUGGGAUACAAAAUUUUUGUAAAGAUCUGGUGGAAGUCGCAGAUAUCCUAGGAAAAGCUACAGAAAGUGUUCCUAAAAAUGAAGUUACCGACAAAAAUCCACAUUUAAAAAGUCUUUACGAGGGAUUAAUAAUGACAGAGGCACAAUUGCAUAAGGUAUUCAAGAAACAUGGUUUAAUAUCAUUAAAUCCAAUUAAUGAAAAAUUUGAUCCAAAUCAACACGAGGCUUUAUUUCAACAGGAGGUGGAAGGUAAAGCUCCAGGAACAAUAGUAGUGGUUUCCAAAGUGGGUUAUAAGCUACACGAACGAAUAGUUCGACCAGCUUUAGUGGGAGUGGCAAAAGGGUAGCUGAAUUAUACCUAUCCCCAUCAGAUCUAUGAAUAUAUUCCUUACAUUAUGUCAUGUCAUAUUUACACCGUUAUUAUAUGUUGUGGAAUAAAAUAUUUGUAUUACACUAGUGACAUUUCCUGGAAUUCAUAUGGGAUGAAAACAAGCUUAAUGUAAUUAAGUACUCUCUAAUGUAAAAAAUAUAAAUUGUGUACAUUGUG